ACUACUUUCUCACUUAGGACGACUCUUCUUACUCCACAUAUCAUCUACUCCACUACUACAAGACUCUUAUCUUCAUCAUCACUAUUGUUAUAUUCCCUACGAUGGCAGAUGUCCGUUCGUUACUCCGGAAUGAACUCGCUUCUCGCAAGGGCGGCAGCCCAUCCCAGUCCGGCAAACAAGCAAAUCGUGUCACCAAGAAGCGCAAGGUAGAUUCCGGAGAAGACCUGACGAGGAAGAAGAUCCGACAGGCAGUCGCCCAUGCAGACCUGCAACCAGCCAGCAUAGUCCAACCGCCCAGCGCCCAAGCCCUCGAAGACGCAGCCGAAGCCGAAGUCGACGAGCAAGAGAUCGCGGGACCCGAGCUCCCCACCGACGAACAGGAGGAACUGGAGACGAGCGCAGAGGCAUCGACAGCUCCACCGACGACCGCACCGAGCAGCCAACCGACGACCACGACCCAGGACCAGCGGACGAUCGAUGAGGACGAAUGGGCCGCCUUUGAGCGGGAGGUUGCGGCGCCGAGUCGUCUGCCGCAGGCUCCGGCUGCGCUUACGGCGGAGGCGACUAUCUCCGCUGCUCCCAUGACGGCUGAACAGCUGGCUGCGCAACAGGAGAGGGACGCCCAGGCGGCGAAAUCGCGCAGUCGGGAGGCGGAGGCCGAAGGGGAACGGGAAGAUGCGGCGCGGUUCAUGGAGGAUGAGUUUGACGAGAUGGAGCAGCUCGAAGAACGGGUUCGACGGCUGAAACACAUGCGGGAGGAGCUGCGAAAGAAGACGGGGGAGGAUGAGACGCAGGCACCCGGUGAGCCGACGGCGACUACGGUGACAGAGAAACAAGACAAUUCUGCCAACGAAAGUAAGGAAGAAGAAGACGACGACGACGACGAAGACGAUGAUGAUGACGACGACUGGGAUAACUGGAGGUUCCGGUAAAGGCUGUACGACAACUGGGCUGGAGUAGAACACGGAACGGCGUCAUUUCGAACAUAACAUACAUACCGAGGUCUGGAACUUUUCCUAUUGAUUGAUACCCAAAUGAGCUAUGGACAUGAACAAUCCCCGCGCGCGCAGCGCUUCUUAACUCUCCGUCUAAUAUUCAAGGGGGGAACCCGGAUGCGAACGAAAUCUUGGCUGGCUUUUUGAUUGUGAUUUGUACCUUUUGUAGCAACUUUGGAUUGAACUUACAAAAUGAUGAUCCGCUAUUUGGGGGGUUUAGAAGACUAGAUAGAAU